GAACCUGAAGCAGAGAACCCCUUUUGGCUUAUUGCUUUUUUCGGGGGGGGGGGAGGGUGGCCACUCCGACCUGGAUUUACCGUUCUUGGCCCCCGUAAGCCCCCCCCGUGCGGGGGGCGACUGUGAUCGCUCUGGCGGUUGGAGGUCGGGGAGCGGCCCGGGCUCUGGCCAUGUUCUCGGAUGAAGAUUUCUGGAUCGUCCUGUGAAGAGGUCUCCCCGAGAGGGCCCUGCCCAGUCGGAGAGAGGGAUGGACAGCCAGAAGCUGCCUGGUGAAGAUAAAGAUUCAGAACCGGCAGCUGAUGGACCUGCAGCCUCCGAGGAGCCAGGUGCCACUGAGCCAGACCUUCCCAACCCAAAUGUGGGGGAGGUCUCUAUUCCCACUUCUGGGAGUCCCAGGCUUCAGGAACCUCCUCAGGACUGCAGUGGGGGUCCAGUGCGGCGAUGUGCUCUCUGUAACUGCGGGGAGCCCAGUCUGCAUGGGCAGCGGGAGCUACGGCGCUUUGAAUUGCCAUUUGACUGGCCUCGGUCUCCAGUGGUGUCCUCUGGGGGGAGCCCAGGGCUCAGUGAGGCAGUGCUGUCCAGUGAGGACCUGUUACAGAUUGGUUUCCCUGAGGGCCUUACACCUGCCCACCUAGGAGAACCUGGAGGGUCCUGCUGGGCACACCAUUGGUGUGCUGCAUGGUCAGCAGAUGUAUGGGGGCAGGAGGGCCCAGAGCUGCGUGAUGUGGACAAGGCCAUCUUCUCAGGGAUCUCACAGCGCUGCUCCCACUGCACCAGGUUCGGUGCCUCCAUCCCUUGCCGCUCACCUGGAUGUCCACAGCUUUAUCACUUCCCAUGUGCGACUGCCAGCGGUUCCUUCUUAUCCAUGAAGACACUGCAGCUGCUAUGCCCGGAGCACAGUGAGGGGGCUGCACAUCUUGACGAGGCUCGCUGUGCAGUAUGUGAGGGGCCAGGAGAGCUGUGUGACCUGUUCUUCUGUACAAGCUGUGGGCAUCACUAUCAUGGGGCCUGCCUUGACACUGCUCUGACUGCCCGCAAGCGUGCUGGCUGGCAGUGCCCUGAAUGCAAAGUGUGCCAAGCUUGCAGGAAACCUGGGAAUGACUCUAAGAUGUUGGUCUGUGAGACGUGUGACAAAGGAUACCAUACUUUCUGUUUAAAACCACCCAUGGAGGAACUGCCUGCUCACUCUUGGAAGUGUAAGGCAUGCCGGGUAUGCCGGUCCUGUGGGGCAGGCUCAGCAGAGUUGAAUCCCAACUCUGAGUGGUUUGAGAAUUACUCUUUGUGUUACCGCUGUCACAAAACCCAGGGAGGUCAGCCUAUCAGUUCUGUUGCUGAGCAGCAUUCACCUGUCUGUGGCAGAUUUUCGCCCCCAGAGCCUGGUGAUAUCCCCACUGAUGAGCCUGAUGCUAUGUAUGUUGCAUGCCAAGGGCAGCCAAAGGGUGGGCAUGUGACCUCUAUGCAACCCAAGGAACCGGGGUCCCUGCAAUGUGAAGCCAAACCACUAGGGAGAGCAGGGAUCCAACUUGAUUCCCAGUUGGAGGCCCCCCUAAAUGAGGAGAUGCCACUGCUGCCCCCACCUGAAGAAUCACCCUUGUCCCCACCACCUGAGGAAUCACCCACAUCCCCACCACCUGAGGCCUCUCGCCUGUCCCCACCGCCUGAGGAGUCUCCUCUGUCUCCCCCACCUGAACCAUCACCUUUUUCUCCACUGGAGGAAUCACCAUUCUCUCCUUUAGAGGAGUCACCCUUCUCUCCACCACAAGAGUCGCCCCCAUCUCCUGCACUUGAGACACCCCUGUCCCCACCACCGGAUGCAUCACUCCUGUCUCCACCAUUUGAGGAGUCUCCCCUGUCUCCCCCACCUGAAGAAUUGCCCACUUCCCCACCACCAGAGGCAUCUCGCCUAUCUCCGCCUCCUGAGGAGUCUCCCAUGUCCCCUCCACCUGAAGAGUCUCCCAUGUCUCCACCACCAGAGGCAUCUUGUCUAUUCCCACCAUUUGAAGAGUCUCCCCUGUCCCCUCCACCUGAGGAGUCUCCCCUCUCCCCACCUCCCGAGGCAUCACGCCUGUCACCUGCUCCUGAGGACUCACCCAUGUCCCCACUGCCUGAAGACUCGCCUAUGUCUCCCCCACCUGAGGUGUCAUGCUUAUCCCCCCUGCCUGAGGUGUCACGCCUUUCUCCACCACCUGAGGAAUCUCCCCUUUCCCCACCACCUGAGGAAUCUCCCACAUCACCUCCACCUGAGGCCUCACGCCUGUCCCCACCGCCUGAAGACUCCCCCAUAUCUCCACCACCGGAGGACUCACCUGCUUCGCCACCACCGGAGGACUCGCUCGUGUCCCUGCCGCUGGAGGAGUCACCCCUGUCACCACUGCCUGAGGAGCCGCGCCUGUCCCCUUGUCCUGAGGAGCCAUGCCUGUCCCCUGCGCUUGAAGAACCAUGUCUGUCUCCUCAGCCUGAGGAGCUACACUUGGCCUCUGUGCCUGAGGAACCACGCUUGUCCCCACGGCCUGAGGACCCGCACCUGUCCCUUCAGCCUGAGGAACCGCACCUCUCUCCCCAGCCUGAGGAGCCCCAGCUGUCCCCCAUGCCUGAGGAGCCCCAGCUGUCCCAACAGCCUGAGGAACCUCACCUGUCCCCUCAGCCUGAAGAGCCUCCUGGGGAGCCAGGCCAGUGCCCUGCACCUGAGGAGUUGUUGUGCCCACCUGGGGAGCCACCCUUGUCCCCUUUGCUUGGAGAGCCCGCCCUGUCUGACCCCGGGGAACCGCCUCUAUCCCCUCUGCCUGAGGAGUUGCGCUUGUCCCCAUCAGGGGAGCCAUCCUUGUCACCUCAGCUGAUUCCACCAGAUCCUCUUCCUCCUCCGCUCUCACCCAUUAUCCCAGCUACGGCCCCGCCGGCUCUGUCUCCUUUGGGAGAAUUAGAGUACCCCUUUGGUGCCAAAGGGGACAGUGACCCUGAGUCACCAUUGGCUGCCCCCAUUCUAGAGACACCCAUCAGUCCUCCACCGGAAGCUAACUGCACUGACCCCGAGCCUGUGCCUCCAGUGAUACUUCCCCCAUCUCCAGGCUCCCCAAUGGCACCUGCUUCUCCCAUCUUGAUGGAGACCCUUCCCCCACCAUGUUCUCCACUACUUCAGCAUUCCCUGCAUCCCCCAAACUCCCUUCCUCAGUGCUCCCCUCCUGCUCUGCCCUUGUCUGUUCCCUCCCCAUUGAGUCCCAUGGGGAGGGCAGCGGAGGUCUCAGAUGAGGCUGAGCUGCAUGAGAUGGAGAUUGAGAAAGGUCCAGAACCUGAGUGUCCAGCCUUGGAACCCAGUGCCACCAGUCCUCUCCCCUCCCCCAUGGGGGAUCUUUCUUGCCCUGCCCCCAGCCCUGCCCCAGUCCUGGAUGACUUCUCUGGCUUGGGAGAAGACACAGCCCCUCUGGUUGGGACUGAUAAUUGUGGUUCACAGCCAGAGGCUGGACAGACCCUUGGCAGUUUGGCUGGUGAACUUAAAGGUUCCCCCAUGCUCCUGGCCCCCGAGGAGCUGGCCCCUGUGACCCCUAUGGAGGUCUAUGGCCCAGAAUGCAAGCAGGAAGGGCAGGGCUCACCCUGUGAAGAGCAGGAAGAGCCUCGUGCACCAGUGGCCCCCACAACACCCACUCUCAUCAAAUCUGACAUUGUUAAUGAGAUCUCUAAUCUGAGCCAGGGCGAUGCCAGUGCCAGUUUUCCUGGUUCAGAGCCCCUGUUGGGUUCUCCUGACCCUGAGGGGGGUGGCUCCCUGUCCAUGGAGCUGGGGGUGUCUACAGAUGUUAGUCCAGCCCGAGAUGAGGGCUCCCUGCGGCUCUGUACCGACUCACUGCCUGAGACUGAUGACUCAUUAUUAUGUGAUACUGGGACAGCUAUCAGCGGAGGCAAAACUGAGGGGGACAAGGGGCGGCGGCGCAGCUCCCCAGCCCGUUCCCGAAUCAAACAGGGUCGUAGCAGUAGUUUCCCAGGAAGACGUCGGCCUCGUGGGGGAGCGCAUGGAGGGCGUGGGAGAGGACGGGCCCGGCUAAAAUCAACCACUUCUUCCAUCGAGACUCUGGUAGUGGCUGAUAUUGAUAGUUCUCCUAGCAAGGAAGAAGAAGAAGAAGAUGAUGACACCAUGCAAAAUACUGUGGUUCUUUUCUCCAACACAGACAAAUUUGUUCUAAUGCAGGACAUGUGUGUGGUGUGUGGCAGCUUUGGCCGGGGAGCAGAGGGCCACCUCCUAGCCUGUUCACAGUGUUCUCAGUGCUACCAUCCUUACUGUGUCAACAGCAAGAUCACCAAGGUGAUGCUGCUAAAGGGCUGGCGUUGUGUGGAGUGCAUCGUAUGUGAGGUAUGCGGCCAGGCCUCUGACCCUUCACGCCUGCUGCUCUGUGAUGACUGUGACAUUAGCUACCACACAUACUGCCUGGAUCCCCCACUGCUCACGGUGCCCAAGGGUGGCUGGAAGUGCAAGUGGUGUGUGUCUUGUAUGCAGUGUGGGGCCGCCUCCCCUGGCUUCCACUGUGAGUGGCAGAAUAGUUACACACACUGUGGGCCCUGUGCCAGCCUGGUGACCUGCCCGAUCUGUCACGCUCCAUAUGUGGAAGAGGACCUGCUAAUCCAGUGCCGUCACUGUGAACGGUGGAUGCAUGCUGGCUGUGAGAGCCUCUUCACAGAGGAUGAUGUAGAGCAGGCAGCAGAUGAGGGCUUUGACUGUGUCUCUUGUCAGCCCUAUGUGGUAAAGCCUGUGGCACCUGUUGCUCCACCAGAGUUGGUGCCUAUGAAAGUGAAAGAACCAGAGCCCCAGUACUUUCGCUUUGAAGGUGUGUGGCUGACAGAAACUGGCAUGGCUGUGCUGCGUAACCUGACCAUGUCACCGCUGCACAAGCGGCGCCAGCGGCGAGGACGGCUGGGUCUUCCAGGCGAGGCAGGGCUGGAGGGUUCUGAGCCUUCAGAUGCUCUUGGCCCUGAUGACAAGAAGGAUGGGGAACUGGAUACUGACGAGCUGCUCAAGGGUGAAGGUAGUGUGGAGCACAUGGAAUGUGAAAUUAAACUGGAGGGUCCUGCCAGCCCAGAUAUGGAGCCUGGCAAAGAGGAGACGGAAGAAAGCAAAAAACGCAAGCGCAAACCCUAUCGGCCUGGCAUUGGUGGUUUCAUGGUGCGACAGCGGAAAUCUCACACACGUGUGAAAAAGGGGCCUGCUGCACAGGCGGAGGUGUUGAGUGGGGAUGGGCAGCCCGACGAGGGUGAGACGGUGAUGCCUGCUGAUCUGCCUGCAGAGAGCUCUGUGGAACAGAGUCUCGUUGAUGGGGAUGAGAAAAAGAAGCAGCAGCGGCGAGGGCGCAAGAAGAGCAAACUAGAGGACAUGUUCCCUGCUUACCUGCAGGAAGCCUUCUUUGGGAAGGAGCUGCUGGACCUAAGCCGGAAGGCCCUUUUUGCUGUUGGGGUGGGCCGACCAAGCUUUGGGCUAGGAGCUCCAAAAGCCCGGGGGGAUGGAGGCUCGGAUAGGAAGGAGCUCCCUACUUCACAGAAAGGAGACGAUGGUCCAGAUGUUGCAGAUGAAGAGUCCCGUGGCCCUGAGAGCGUGGCUGAUACACCAGGACCUGAGGAUGGGGGUAUAAAGGCAUCCCCAGUGCCCAGUGACCCUGAGAAGCCAGGCACCCCAGGUGAAGGGAUGCUUAGCUCUGAUUUAGACAGGAUUCCCACAGAAGAACUGCCCAAGAUGGAGUCCAAGGACUUGCAACAGCUCUUCAAGGAUGUCCUGGGUUCUGAACGAGAGCAGCAUCUGGGCUGUGGAACCCCUGGCCUAGAAGGCAGCCGUACACCGCUGCAGAGGCCCUUUCUCCAAGGUGGACUCCCUUUGGGCAGUCUCCCCUCCAGCAGCCCAAUGGAUUCCUACCCAGGCCUCUGCCAGUCCCCCUUCCUGGAUUCUAGGGAGCGCGGGGGCUUCUUUAGCCCAGAACCCGGUGAGCCAGACAGUCCAUGGACAGGCUCGGGGGGCACCACGCCCUCCACGCCCACCACCCCCACCACGGAGGGUGAGGGCGAUGGGCUCUCCUAUAACCAGCGGAGUCUACAGCGUUGGGAGAAGGACGAGGAGUUGGGCCAGCUCUCCACCAUCUCGCCUGUGCUGUAUGCCAACAUUAACUUUCCUAAUCUCAAGCAAGAUUAUCCAGAUUGGUCUAGCCGUUGCAAACAAAUCAUGAAGCUCUGGAGAAAGGUUCCAGCUGCUGACAAAGCCCCCUACUUGCAAAAGGCCAAAGAUAACCGGGCUGCUCAUCGCAUCAACAAGGUGCAGAAGCAGGCUGAGAGCCAGAUCAACAAGCAGACCAAGGCGGGCGACAUAGCCCGUAAAACUGAUCGACCGGCCCUCCAUCUCCGCAUUCCCCCCCAGCCAGGGGCAUUGGGUAGUCCACCCCCUGCUGCGGCCCCCACCAUUUUCAUUGGCAGCCCCACCACCCCCGCCAGCUUGUCUACCUCUGCGGAUGGGUUCCUGAAGCUGCCAGCGGGCACAGUGCCCGGUCCCGACUCACCUGGUGAGCUCUUCCUCAAGCUUCCACCCCAGGUGCCCGCCCAAGUGCCUUCGCAGGACCCCUUUGGACUGGCUCCCACUUAUGCCCUGGAGCCCCGCUUCCCUGCAGCACCACCCACCUAUCCCCCCUAUCCAAGUCCAACUGGGACCCCUGCGCAGCCCCCAGUGCUGGGUGCCUCAUCUCGCCCAGGGACUGGCCAGCCAGGGGAAUUCCACACUACCCCACCUGGCACCCCCCGACUUCAGCCCUCUACACCUGACCCGUUUCUCAAACCCCGCUGCCCCUCACUGGACAACCUGGCUGUGCCUGAGAGCCCAGGGGGAGUAGGAGGCAAGGCUUCUGAGCCCCUACUCUCACCCCCACCUUUUGGGGAAUCUCGGAAGGCCCUAGAGGUGAAGAAAGAAGAACUUGGGGGAUCUUCUCCUAGCUAUGGGCCCCCAAACAUGGGCUUUGUUAACUCACCCUCCUCAGGCCCCCACUUGGGUAGCCUGGAGUUAAAGGCACCUGAUGUCUUCAAAGCCCCCCUGACCCCUCGGGCAUCUCAGGUAGAGCCCCAGAGCCCGGGACUGGGCCUACGGCCCCAGGAGCCACCCCCUGCCCAGGCUUUGGCCCCUUCUCCUCCCAGCCACUCAGAUGUUUUUCGCCCUAGCCCCUAUCCUGACCCCUACGCCCAGCCUCCGUUGACCCCUCGGCCCCAACCCCCACCUCCCGAGAGCUGCUGUGCCCUGCCCCCUCGUUCACUGCCUUCUGACCCUUUCUCCCGAGUGCCCGCCAGCCCUCAGUCCCAGUCCAGCUCCCAGUCCCCAUUAACUCCCCGUCCUCUGUCUGCUGAAGCUUUCUGCCCAUCCCCUGUUACCCCUCGCUUCCAGUCCCCGGACCCUUAUUCUCGCCCACCCUCACGCCCUCAGUCCCGUGACCCAUUUGCCCCACUGCAUAAACCGCCCCGACCCCAGCCCCCUGAAGUUGCCUUUAAGGCUGGGCCUCUAGCCCACACUCCUCUGGGGGCUGGGGGCUUUCCAGCAGCCCUGCCCUCGGGGCCAGCAGGUGAACUCCAUGCCAAGGUCCCAAGUGGGCAGGCCCCCAGUUUUGCCCGCUCCCCUGGGACGAGUGCAUUUGUAGGUACCCCUUCUCCCAUGCGUUUCACUUUUCCUCAGGCUGUAGGGGAGCCUCCCCUAAAGCCCCCUGUCCCUCAGCCUGGUCUCCCUCCACCCCAUGGGAUCAACAGCCAUUUUGGGCCGGGCCCCACUUUGGGCAAGCCUCAAAGCACAAACUAUGCUGUAGCCACGGGGAACUUCCAUCCAUCAGGCAGCCCUCUGGCACCCAACAGUGGGUCUACAGGGGAGGGCUAUGGGCUGUCCCCACUACGCCCUGCAUCAGUUCUACCACCACCUGCACCCGACGGAUCCCUUCCCUACCUGUCCCAUGGAGCCUCACAGCGGGCAGGAAUCACCUCUCCAGUUGAAAAGCGAGAAGACCCAGGGACUUCAAUGAGUAGCUCUUUGGCUGCACCUGAACUCCCCGGUACCCAGGAUCCAAGCAUGUCCAGCCUUAGCCAGACAGAGCUGGAGAAGCAACGGCAGCGCCAGCGACUACGGGAGCUGCUGAUUCGGCAGCAGAUCCAGCGCAACACCUUGCGGCAGGAGAAGGAAACAGCUGCCGCAGCUGCAGGUGCAGUGGGGCCCCCAAGCAACUGGGGUGCUGAGUCUAGCGGCCCUGCCUUUGAACAGCUGAGUCGAGGUCAGACCCCCUUCACUGGGACCCAGGACAAGAGCAGCCUCGUGGGGUUACCCCCAAGCAAGCUAGGUGGCGCUAUCUUGGGGCCAGGAACCUUCCCCAGUGAUGACAGACUCUCCCGGCCACCUCCAUCAGCCACACCUUCCUCUAUGGAUGCAAACAGCCGGCAACUGGUAGGAGGCUCCCAGGCCUUCUAUCAGCGCGCGCCCUAUCCCGGGUCCCUGCCCUUACAGCAGCAACAACAACUGUGGCAGCAGCAGCAGCAGCAGCAACAGCAACAGCAGCAGCAGCAGCAGCAGCAGCAGGCAACAGCAGCAACCUCCAUGCGACUUACCAUGUCUACUCGCUUUCCAUCAACUCCUGGACCUGAACUUGGCCGCCAAGCACUAGGUUCCCCUUUGGUGGGAAUUUCCACCCGCCUGCCAGGCCCUCCUGAACCAGUGUCUGGUCCAGCUGGUCCUGCCCAGUUCAUUGAGUUGCGACACAAUGUACAGAAAGGACUAGGGCCCGGGGGAGCUCCAUUUCCUGGUCAGGGUCCCCCUCAGAGGCCCCGGUUUUACCCCGUAAGUGAGGACCCCCAUCGACUAGCUCCUGAAGGGCUUCGUGGCCUGGCAGUAUCGGGCCUUCCCCCACAGAAACCCUCAGCUCCACCGGCCCCUGAAUUGAACAACCUCCAUCCAACUCCCCAUACCAAGGGUCCUGCCCUGCCAGCUGGUUUAGAGUUGGUCAGCCGACCCCCAUCGAGCACUGAGCUUGGUCGUCCUGCUCCUUUGUCCUUGGAGGCUGGGAAGUUACCCUGUGAGGAUCCUGAGCUGGACGAUGACUUUGAUGCCCACAAGGCCCUAGAAGAUGAUGAAGAGCUUGCUCACUUGGGUCUGGGUGUGGAUGUUGCCAAGGGUGAUGAUGAGCUGGGCACUCUGGAAAACCUAGAGACCAAUGAUCCCCACCUGGAUGACCUGCUCAAUGGAGAUGAGUUUGACCUAUUGGCAUAUACUGAUCCUGAGCUAGACACCGGGGAUAAGAAGGACAUCUUCAAUGAGCAUCUAAGACUGGUAGAAUCAGCAAAUGAGAAGGCUGAGCGGGAGGCCCUGCUGCGGGGUGUGGAACCAGGACCCUUAGGUCCUGAGGAGCGCCCUCCCCCUGCAACUGAUCCCACUGAGCCCCGCCUGGCAUCUGUGCUACCUGAAGUGAAGCCCAAGGUGGAAGAGGGUGGGCGCCAUCCUUCCCCUUGCCAGUUCACCAUUGCUACUACCCCCAAGGUAGAACCAACACCUUCUGCCACUUCCCUCAGCCUGGUGCUGAAGGCAGGACAGACUGUAAUGGGCAGCAGGGACACACGAAUGGGCACAGGACCAUUUUCCAACAGUGGGCACACAACUGAGAAGGGCCCCUUUGGAGCCACAGGAGGACCUCCAGCUCACCUGCUGACCCCCAGCCCACUUAGUGGCCCAGGAGGAUCUUCCCUUCUGGAAAAGUUUGAGCUAGAGAGUGGAGGCCUGACCUUGCCUGGUGGACAUGCAGCAUCUGGGGAUGAACUGGAUAAGAUGGAGAGCUCACUGGUAGCCAGUGAGUUGCCUUUGCUCAUUGAGGACCUGUUGGAGCAUGAAAAGAAGGAACUGCAAAAGAAGCAGCAGCUUUCAGCACAGUUGCAGCCUGCCCAGCAGCAACAGCAUCAGCAGCAGCAACAACAUUCCCUACUGUCCACACCCGGCUCUACCCAGGCCAUACCUAUACCACAUGAGGGCUCUUCUCCCAGUUUGGCUGGGCCCCAACAGCAGCUUGCCCUGGGUCUUGGAAAUACCAGACAGCCAGGCUUGGGUCAACCAUUGAUGCCCACCCAGGCACCAAAUCAUGCUCUCCAGCAGCGCCUGGCCCCAUCUAUGGCCAUGGUGUCCAACCAAGGGCAUAUGCUGAGUGGGCAACAUGGAGGGCAGGCAGGUUUGGUGCCCCAGCAGAACCCACAGUCAAUGCUAGCACAGAAGCCCUUGAGCACCAUGCCUCCUUCCGUGUGCAUGAAGCCCCAGCAGCUGGCCAUGCAGCAGCAGCUGGCUAACAGCUUCUUCCCAGAUACAGAUCUGGACAAAUUUGCUGCAGAAGAUAUUAUCGAUCCUAUUGCAAAGGCCAAGAUGGUGGCUUUGAAAGGCAUCAAGAAAGUGAUGGCUCAGGGCAGCAUUGGGGUGGCACCUGGCAUGAAUAGGCAGCAAGUGUCACUGCUAGCUCAGAGGCUCUCUGGGGGAUCUGGCAGUGAUCUUCAGAACCAUGUGACACCUGGGAGUAGCCAGUCUUUCUCAUCACAGGAGCGGAAUGCCAGUGACCCCUCUCAGCCUCGUCCCAACCCACCCACCUUUGCCCAGGGAGUGAUCAAUGAGGCUGACCAGCGGCAGUAUGAAGAGUGGCUAUUCCACACCCAGCAGCUCCUACAGAUGCAACUGAAGGUGCUAGAGGAGCAGAUUGGUGUGCACCGCAAGUCCCGGAAGGCUCUGUGUGCCAAGCAGCGCACUGCCAAAAAGGCUGGCCGUGAGUUCCCAGAAGCUGAUGCUGAAAAGCUCAAGCUGGUUACAGAGCAGCAGAGCAAGAUCCAAAAACAGCUGGAUCAGGUCCGGAAACAGCAGAAGGAGCACACUAAUCUCAUGGCAGAAUAUCGAAACAAGCAGCAGCAACAGCAGCAGCAGCAGCAGCAGCAACAGCAGCAACAGCAGCAACAUUCAGCUGUGUUGGCUCUCAGCCCUUCUCAGAGUCCCCGGCUACUCACCAAACUCCCUAGCCAGCUACUUCCUGGCCAUGGUCUGCAACCACCACAGGGGCCCCCAGGAGGACAAGCUGGAGGUCUUCGCUUGCCCCCUGGGGGUAUGGUACUACCUGGACAGCCUGGUGGCCCUUUCCUCAACACAGCCCUGACCCAACAACAGCAGCAGCAGCAUUCUGGUGGGACUGGAUCAUUGGCUGGCCCCUCAGGAGGCUUCUUCCCUGGCAAUCUUGCCCUCCGAAGCCUUGGACCUGACUCAAGGCUCUUACAGGAAAGGCAGCUACAGCUGCAGCAGCAACGCAUGCAGCUAGCCCAGAAACUGCAGCAGCAGCAGCAACAACAACAACAACAACAACACCUCCUAGGACAGGUGGCAGUUCAGCAGCAACAGCAGCAGGGUCCUGGGGCACAGGCAAACCAGGGUCUGGGUCCCAAGCCCCAGGGGCUUCUGCCUCCCAGCAGCCACCAGGGCCUCCUGGUCCAGCAAUUGUCCCCCCAACAGCCCCAGGGGCCCCAAGGCAUGCUGGGUCCUACCCAGGUGGCUGUGUUGCAGCAGCAGCACCCUGGAGCUUUGGGCCCUCAGGGCCCUCACAGACAGGUGCUUAUGACCCAGUCCCGGGUGCUGAGUUCCCCCCAGCUAGCACAGCAGGGUCACGGCCUUAUGGGACACCGGCUGGUCACAGCCCAGCAGCAGCAGCAGCAACAACAGCACCAACAGCAGGGAUCCAUGGCAGGGCUUUCCCAUCUUCAGCAGGGCCUAAUGUCACACAGCGGACAGCCCAAACUGAGCACUCAGCCUCUGGGCUCCUUGCAGCAGCAGCAGCUUCAGCAGCAGCAGCAGCAACAGCAGCAGCAGCAACAGCAGCAGCAGCAGCAGCAGCAGCAGCAGCAACUUCAACAGCAGCAGCAGCUUCAGCAACAGCAGCAGCAACUUCAACAGCAGCAGCAGCAGCAACAACAGCAUCAACAGCAGCAGCAGCUUCAGCAACAGCACCAGCAACUACAGCAGCAGCAAUUUCAACAGCAACAGCAGCAGCAAAUGGGCCUCUUGAACCAGAGUCGAACUUUAUUAUCUCCUCAGCAACAUCAGCAGCAGCAGCAGGUGACACUUGGCCCUGGACUGCCAGCCAAACCUCUUCAACACUUUUCAAGCCCUGGAGCCCUGGGCCCAACUCUCCUCCUGACGGGCAAGGAACAAAAUGUAGAGGCAGCCCUUCCUUCAGAGGUCACUGAGGUGCCCUCAACACAUCAGGGAGGGUCAUUAGCAAUGGGGACCGCACCUGAGUCUAUGGCCAUUGAACCAGGGGAGGUAAAGCCCUCCCUCUCCGGGGACUCACAACUCCUGCUUGUUCAAUCCCAGGCUCAGCCUCAGGCCAACUCUCUGCAGCUUCAGCCACCUCUGAGGCUCCCAGGACAACCACAGCAGCAAGUUAACUUGCUCCACACAGGUGUAGGGAGCCAUGGGCAGCAACUAGGCAGCGGAUCAUCUGAGGCUUCAUCUAUGUCCCACCUGCUGGCCCAACCCUCUGUUUCCUUAGCAGAGCAGCCUGGGCCCAUGACCCAGAACCUUCUGGGCCCCCAACAGCCCCUUGGGCUAGAGCGACCCAUGCAGAAUAAUUCAGGGCCACAGCCUCCCAAACCAGGAACUGUCCCCCAGUCUGGGCAGGGUCUGUCUGGGGUUGGAGUCAUGCCUACAGUAGGUCAGCUUCGAGCACAGCUCCAAGGAGUCCUAGCCAAGAACCCACAGUUGCGGCACUUGAGUCCUCAGCAGCAGCAGCAGCUACAGGCACUCCUCGUGCAGCGGCAGCUGCAGCAGAGUCAGGCAGUACGGCAGACUGCAACAUAUCAGGAGCCUGGAACCCAGCCAUCUCCCCUCCAGGGCCUUCUGGGCUGCCAACCUCAACCUGGGGGCUUCUCUGGAUCCCAGACAGGCCCCCUCCAAGAGCCAGGGACAGGGCCUCGACCUCAGGGCCCACCCCGGCUCCCUGUCCCACAAGGAGCCUUAUCCACAGGACCUGUCAUUGGUCCUGUUCAUCCCACCCCUCCACCAUCCAGCCCCCAAGAGCCAAAGAGACCUUCCUCACAAUUACCUUCCCCUAGUACCCAGCUCACCCCCACCCAUCCAGGGACUCCAAAGCCCCAAGGACCAACCUUGGAGCUGCCUCCUGGGAGGGUCUCACCUGCUGCUGCCCAGAGUGCGGAUACCUUCUUUGGCAAGGGGCUGGGACCUUGGGACCCACCAGACAACCUACCAGAAGCCCAGAAGCCAGAGCAGAGCAGCCUGGUGUCUGGGCAUCUGGAGCAGGUGAAUGGACAGGUGGUGUCUGAGCCACCCCAACUCAGCAUCAAGCAGGAGCCUCGGGAAGAGCCAUGUGCCCUGGGAGCCCAAGCAGUGAAGAGGGAGGCCAGUGGGGAGCCAAUUGGGGCACCAAGUACCAGCAACCACCUCCUGCUGGCAGGCCCCCGCUCAGAGGCUGGACAUCUGCUUUUGCAGAAGCUUCUACGGGCAAAGAAUGUGCAACUCGGUGCUGGGCGAGGGCCUGAGGGGCUGCGAGCUGAGAUCAAUGGGCACAUUGACAACAAACUGGCAGGGCUGGAGCAGAAACUACAGGGUACCCCCAGCAACAAGGAGGAUGCAGCUGCAAGGAAGCCUUUGACACCGAAGCCCAAGCGGGUACAGAAGGCAAGCGACAGGUUGGUGAGCUCCCGAAAGAAGCUGCGGAAGGAGGACGGGGUCAGGGCCAACGAGGCCUUGCUGAAACAGCUAAAACAGGAGCUGUCGCUACUGCCUCUGACGGAACCUACCAUCACUGCCAAUUUUAGCCUCUUUGCACCCUUUGGCAGUGGCUGCCCAGUCAGUGGGCAGAGCCAGCUGAGGGGAGCCUUUGGAAGUGGGGCACUGCCUGCCAGCCCUGACUACUAUUCCCAGCUGCUCACCAAGAAUAACCUGAGUAACCCGCCGACACCACCCUCGUCGCUGCCCCCCACCCCACCCCCAUCGGUGCAGCAAAAGAUGGUGAAUGGCGUCACUCCUUCCGAAGAGCUGGGGGAGCACCCCAAGGACGCAGCCUCUGCCCGGGACACUGAAGGGGCACUGAGGGAUGCUUCAGAGGUGAAGAGUCUAGACCUGCUGGCUGCCUUGCCUACACCCCCUCACAAUCAGACUGAGGAUGUCAGGAUGGAGAGUGAUGAGGACAGUGAUUCUCCUGACAGCAUUGUGCCAGCUUCAUCCCCUGAGAGCAUCCUGGGGGAGGAGGCCCCUCGUUUUCCGCAGCUGGGCUCAGGCCGGUGGGAGCAGGAUGACCGUGCCCUAUCCCCGGUCAUCCCUAUCAUUCCUCGGGCCAGCAUCCCAGUCUUCCCAGAUACCAAACCUUAUGGGGCCCUUGACCUGGAGGUCUCUGGAAAGCUGCCUGCCACACCUUGGGAGAAGGGCAAAGGAAGUGAGGUGUCAGUUAUGCUGACAGUCUCUGCUGCUGCAGCCAAGAACCUGAAUGGUGUGAUGGUGGCAGUGGCAGAACUACUCAGCAUGAAGAUCCCUAACUCUUACGAGGUUCUGUUUCCAGAGAGCCCUGCCCGGGCAGGCAUUGAGCCUAAGAAAGGGGAAGCUGAGGAACCUGGUGGGAAAGAAAAAGGUUUAAGUGGGAAGAAUCCAGACGCUGGCCCUGAUUGGCUAAAGCAGUUCGAUGCAGUGUUGCCUGGCUACACCCUCAAGAGCCAACUAGACAUCUUGAGCCUCCUUAAACAGGAGAGCCCCGCACCAGAGCCAUCCAUCCAGCACAGCUACACCUACAAUGUCUCCAAUCUGGAUGUGCGACAGCUCUCGGCCCCACCUCCUGAAGAACCCUCUCCACCUCCGUCCCCCUUGGCACCCUCUCCUGCUAGCCCCCCUGCUGAGCCCCUGGUUGAACUUCAGGCUGAACCCUCUGCUGAGCCACCAAUCCCCUCACCCCUGCCACUGGCCUCAUCCCCUGAAUCCAACCGGCCCAAGCCCCGAGCCCGGCCCCCUGAAGAAGGUGAAGAUUCCCGCCCUCCUCGUCUCAAGAAAUGGAAAGGGGUGCGCUGGAAGCGGCUGCGGCUUCUGCUGACCAUUCAGAAGGGCAGUGGGAGACAAGAGGAUGAGCGGGAGGUAGCAGAGUUUAUGGAACAGCUUGGCACGGCUUUGCGACCUGACAAGGUGCCUCGAGACAUGCGGCGCUGCUGCUUCUGUCAUGAAGAGGGUGACGGGGCCACUGAUGGGCCCGCCCGCCUGCUGAACCUGGACCUGGACCUGUGGGUGCACCUCAAUUGUGCCUUGUGGUCCACGGAGGUGUAUGAGACACAGGGUGGGGCUUUGAUGAAUGUGGAGGUUGCCCUGCACCGAGGACUGCUAACCAAGUGCUCCCUAUGCCAGCGAACUGGUGCCACCAGCAGCUGCAAUCGCAUGCGUUGCCCCAAUGUCUACCAUUUUGUCUGUGCCAUCCGCGCCAAGUGCAUGUUCUUCAAGGACAAGACUAUGUUGUGUCCGAUGCAUAAGAUCAAGGGGCCUUGUGAGCAGGAGCUGAGCUCAUUUGCUGUCUUCCGGAGGGUCUACAUUGAGAGAGAUGAGGUGAAGCAGAUCGCCAGUAUCAUCCAGAGGGGAGAGCGACUACACAUGUUUCGUGUGGGGGGCCUUGUGUUCCAUGCAAUUGGACAGCUGCUCCCUCAUCAGAUGGCCGACUUCCAUAGUGCCACUGCCCUCUAUCCUGUGGGCUAUGAAGCCACCCGCAUCUAUUGGAGCCUUCGUACCAACAAUCGCCGCUGCUGCUACCGCUGCUCCAUUGGGGAGAAUAAUGGGCGGCCGGAGUUUGUAAUCAAAGUCAUGGAGCAGGGCCUGGAGGAUCUGGUCUUCACCGAUGCCUCUCCCCAGGCUGUGUGGAAUCGCAUUAUUGAGCCUGUGGCUGCCAUGAGGAAAGAGGCUGACAUGCUGAGGCUCUUCCCUGAGUACCUGAAAGGCGAGGAGCUCUUUGGGCUGACAGUGCAUGCUGUGCUUCGAAUAGCUGAAUCACUGCCUGGGGUGGAGAGCUGUCAAAACUAUUUAUUCCGCUAUGGGCGCCACCCCCUGAUGGAGCUGCCACUCAUGAUCAACCCUACUGGCUGUGCCCGAUCAGAGCCUAAAAUCCUCACACACUACAAACGGCCCCAUACCUUGAACAGCACCAGCAUGUCUAAGGCAUAUCAGAGCACCUUCACAGGCGAGACCAACACCCCAUACAGCAAGCAGUUUGUGCACUCCAAGUCAUCUCAGUACCGGCGCCUGCGCACUGAGUGGAAGAACAACGUUUAUCUAGCUCGCUCCCGAAUCCAGGGCCUGGGGCUCUAUGCAGCCAAGGACCUAGAAAAGCACACAAUGGUCAUCGAGUACAUUGGCACCAUUAUUCGCAAUGAGGUGGCAAACCGUAGGGAGAAAAUCUAUGAGGAGCAGAAUCGAGGCAUCUACAUGUUCCGAAUAAACAAUGAACAUGUGAUUGAUGCUACAUUGACUGGAGGCCCUGCCAGGUACAUUAAUCAUUCCUGUGCCCCUAACUGUGUGGCGGAAGUUGUGACAUUUGACAAAGAGGACAAAAUCAUCAUCAUCUCCAGCCGGCGAAUCCCCAAAGGAGAAGAGCUGACCUAUGACUAUCAGUUUGAUUUUGAGGACGAUCAGCACAAGAUCCCCUGUCACUGUGGAGCCUGGAAUUGUCGGAAAUGGAUGAACUAAGAAGCUUUGAGGCUACCAGGCAGGGGAGUCCCCCCACCCCCAACCUCUUCCCUGAAAGGGAUGAGGGGGAAGAGAGGUAGCAGCCAGAGCCAGGAUCCAGGGCAGGGGCUGCCGGCUGACCGGAGCCCCUGGAGCAGGAGGCUGGGGCAGAGGGCCCUAGGCCAAACUCACCCUGGGCACCAGGGACAACCCUCUUCCCCACCACCGGCCCUCAGGCUGGCAUCUCUGCCCCCAGCUCUGGGAGGGGACAGAUAGAAGCAGCCAUUGGGCAUCUCAGGUUUGAGGGGGAUAUGGGCCGGGAACUACCCAGAAGCAUCUGGGAGGCAGCAGGGAGGGGAGAGGAGGAUGUGUGGCCGGGCCUCACAGCCCUGCUGCUCCCACCGACCUCUCCGGCCCAACUCAAGGCUGCAAAGAGACUUGACUAAGCUUGACAAUCCCAAAGGCCGGGUCCCACACCUGGCCCUGCCUGCCGGGUCCUGCCCCCACCCUCACCCCCCAUAUCCUUCCCUCUUGAUCUGUCUCUGUCUCCCUCUUCUCCUCUGUGUUUCUGUCUAUCUAUGGGUUGUGUUUCCUUGUUUUCCACUCUGACAAAUGCAACAUGAACGGGAAAGAGGCGUCCACCUGCCCAGGAGGGCAAGCUGGGCAAGCCGGGCAAGGAGACCCCGCACCCACACCUACCUCAUUUAAGUGUUGGAUUUUUUGCUGUUUUGAAAUGUGAGACCCUCUCCAAGCCCCCUACUGCCCCAACCCUCUCCCCCACCUCACUGCCCUCUUCUGAGUGGGUGGAAGGGGGGGGUAGGAGGAGGAAGAAAAAAAAACAACAACAAAAAAUCCAUCUUUGUUUUUAAUUAUGGGCAUGGGAUGGUGGUUGAGGCAAAUGGUGAUGAAGAUUGGGGAUGACUGGCUCCUAGUUGCUCUAGGACUUCCUUCUCCAUCUGGACAUGGGGGCAGGAGGGGUGUGCUAAACUUAGGACCAGGAUCUCUCUCCCCUGUUUUCCCAACCUCAUCAUGAGCCCAUUUGCCCUCCAGCCCCUGGAUGGGGUGGGUGGGGGGUAGGGUGAGGGCUAUCCCUGAGUGGCAUGCCCAUACCCAGUGAGGCAGGGUGUGGCCCAGAGCUCCCACUUUCCCUCAGUCACCAAACUGCUGCUGGU